UAUUCAGCGCGCCAAGCAUCUCCUUUCAGUGUCGCUCUCUUUACUCUUUCCCUUUUCUCUUCGAACAAACCCUAAUAAUUUCUGUCACUCUCCCAAGAAAAGGAUCGGGAAAAAAGAAUCCACAAACCACAAAAUGAAAGGCGGCACAGUUCAGAUCAACUGGCACGAUACGAAACCAGUGCUAACCCUAGACUUUCAUCCGGAGUCCGGGCUUCUCGCCACCGGCGGCGCCGAUUACGACAUCAAGCUUUGGUUAAUAAAUUCAGGCGAAGAACAGAAGAAAAUCCCGACAGCUACUUAUCAAAGUAGCCUUUCUUACCAUGGUUCAGCUGUAAAUAUUCUUCGCUUCUCUCCUUCUGGAGAACUUUUGGCCUCUGGCGCUGAUGGAGGUGAGCUGAUCAUGUGGAAGUUACAUUUAGUGGAAACUGGUCAAGCAUGGAAAGUCCUCAAGUCUUUAUCAUUUCACCGCAAAGAUGUUCUGGACCUUCAGUGGUCUAAGGAUGGUGCUUUUCUUAUCUCAGGAUCUGUUGAUAAUUCUUGCAUCAUAUGGGAUGCUAACAAAGGUUCUGUCCUUCAGAUAUUGGAUGCACAUUUCCAUUAUGUUCAGGGUGUAGCAUGGGAUCCAUUGUCCAAAUAUGUUGCCUCUCUUAGUUCAGAUAGAACUUGUCGAAUUUAUGCUAAUAAACCUCUAAAAUCUAAAGGUGUUGAGAAGAUGAAUUAUGUUUGUCAGCAUGUCAUUGCCAAGGGAGGACAGCAAUCAGUCGACUGUAAGGCAAAAAGCUAUCUCUUUCAUGAUGAAACAUUGCCGUCAUUUUUCCGAAGAUUAGCCUGGUCACCUGAUGGAUCUUUUUUACUUGUGCCUGCAGGUUUUUACAAAAUGUCACCGACAUCUGAAACAGUAAACACAGCCUAUGUAUUUUCCAGAAAGGAUCUUUCAAGGCCUGCUGUACUGCUACCAGGUGCUAGCAAGCCUGUCGUUGCAGUUCGUUUCUGUCCUGUGGCUUUUAGCCUUAGAGGGUCAAACUCAGGUGGGUUAUUUAAGCUCCCUUACCGCCUUGUCUUUGCCAUAGCAACUUUAAAUUCAUUGUACAUAUAUGACACAGAGAGUGUUGUACCGAUAGCAAUUUUGGCUGGUCUUCACUAUGCAGCCAUAACUGACAUUUCAUGGUCGCCUAAUUCUCAAUAUUUAGCUGUGUCUUCUCAAGAUGGUUACUGUACUCUUGUAGAAUUCGAAAAUGAUGAACUGGGAUUGCCCAUCUCCUUAUCAGGAAAUAAGGUCACGGGCAAUGAAAACAACAGCCCUGACAUUCAGAAAUCCAAGGACAUGAUAAUUGACCUGGCUAGAAAUGAUGAUCUAGUUGUAGUAGAUAGCAGAGGAAUGGAAGCAGAUAAAAAAGCAGGCAGCAGGACAACAGAAAUAGAACAGAAACAAGGCGAGCCAAGUACAGUAGUUCGUAGCAUUCCAAAUGAAACGCAUAGAGAGAAAACAGAAACAACAGAAGGGAAAACAAUCACUGCCGCAAACGAUGGUUUUGUCUCAGCAGAUAGCACGCCAAUGGAAACAGACAAGAAAGCAGAGGCAGAAAGCAAAGAAGGGAAACUGGCAUGCCCUACCUCUACUAAAACCCCUGUUCAAAAUAAGGCUGCAGCGAAGAGGCGCAUUACUCCAAUGGCAAUUGAUCCAUGACAAUGGCCAUCCCAUGUUAACCCCUGUAAAGUUUUGGUUUAGUCAACAAGUUGAUUUUUCAAUUCUUUUUCCGUCUAAUGCAGAAGCAUAAUGUGAGAUCAAGGGAUUUAAUCCGUCUGUACCUGUUUAAUGUUAGAAACAUUGACCUUAUAGAUGAGGAAAGGAAUUUACAUAUUUAUUAAGUGAUGAAAAAAAGCGAGAAAUUACGCAAUAA